CUCUCUCAAAAACGAAUCACCCAGCAGAAUCAUCUCAACUCUAAACUGCCUUUUCAACUAAACUCAUCGCUGUUUCUCAAUCCAUUGCCGUCCGUCCAUCUGUUUACGCCCUUGCGCCGCCCUUCUUGAUGUUCAGUGGGCUUAGGAGUGAGACCAUAAUUAUUAGUUUGUGUUCAUCUUACCCAUCACUUUGAAGCGUUAUUUAAUUAGUUAAAGUGAAGCAAUUGGGACAUAAUAGUUCUUUUACGUUGAUGUUCUUUUAGAUGGCUAUAAAAGUUGUUGUUCUUUUACUUAUCUUCAUCUUUUCCAUUUUACUUCUUCAACUGCUUCCUUACAAAAAGGAGAAAAAGUUCAUGGAGAUGGAUCCAAGGUUGAGGGAAGCAGCUGAAACAGGAAACAUUGAUGCCUUGCACGUUCUAAUUGGAGAUGAUCCGUACAUCUUGGAACGCAUCGACCAAGUUCCUUUCAUCCAGACUCCACUUCAUAUAGCAGCAGACAAAGGGCACGUUAGUUUUGCAAUGGAGAUGAUGAACUUGAAGCCUUCGUUUGCCAAGAAGCUGAACCCAAAUGGGUUUAGUCCCAUGCACAUGGCGCUGAGAACUGAGCAGACUAAGCUAGUGCUUCGACUGUUGAAGACAGAUAAAGAUCUGGUUCGCGUCAAGGGAUGGGAGGGGAUGACUCCUUUCCAUUAUGUAGUUACAACGGGGAACUCUAGGCUUUUGGUCAACUUUCUUGAAGCUUGCCCCGAAUGCAUCGAAGAUGUGACGGUUCGAGACGAGACUGCGUUGCAUCUUGCUUUGAAACAAGACCAGAUCGAAGCUUUUAGCCUCCUAAUUGGAUGGCUUCAAAGGACCCGUCAAACUCACGGUAGUGUCUUCUCCUUUGAGAAAAAAAUGGCGAAUUGGAAAGACGACCAAGACAACACUCUGUUGCACAUUGCGGCUAAAAAGAAUCAACAUGAGGCACUAAAACUGUUGUUAGAUUCCCAACUUUGGUUACACGUUAAAGCUAAGGAUUCGGAAGGUUUGACGGCUCUAGAAAUCAUAAAAGAUGCUAACAGACGAAACGUGAACAUCAGCAUGAGUGACGAAGUCGACACCAAGAUUAAGCGGUUGAAAGAUAAAGUUACUUUCGAAAGAAUAAGAGUGAUGGGAGAUCGUACGAGGCUCAGCAUGUCCGUGGACAUGAUCAACACCAUGCUGGUGAUUAUGGCGCUGGUUAUAACAGCAAUCUACCAAUCGUCGUUAAGUCCACCGGGUAGUGUUUGGCAAGACAAUGACACCGACACCUCCCCGCCCCCCUCUCAUCACAUGUCCAAUAAAAACAUUUUUAGUACAUCUAUAUCCAUCUUUGGUAAUAGUUCGGGAAAAGCAGGUAAAACAAUCAUGAAUCCGCAUAUGUAUGGGUUGUUUUGGUUCUUGAACCUUGCAACCUUCGGGCUCGCGGAUCUUGUAACCGUGUUCCUCCUCUCCAGUUUUCAUCUUUUCCUGCUCCUUGCCGUCCCGCUUUAUAUAUUGGUCAUCUGCUACUUCUGCUCAAUGGCGAUAUUGGCGCCGACCCUUGCUUGGGCAUACGUGAACCUUUUCUUCGUACUUCUUUUUGGAUUCUUCCCAUUCUUGUUGCUCUUCGCGUUGCUUAUCUUAAGCAAAUCAAUUCGCCAGACCAUAGCCGAGAUCAGGUACCGAACCCGGAUGCGCAAAGCUCUUGGCAUGAACUUUCGAGGACCCUGGACGUUCAUGUUUUAUUCGCAAUACAUACUUGAUGGCAUCUUUAGUAUCUGGAUGCCUUCAGCUUAGCUCUUCAGUCAUUAUGGUGUGAAUUGAUCAUGUACUGCUUUGUUUGAUUUUGUAUAUUAGGCAUCUUCAAUCUUCUACUCCAAUGUUCAUUAAUAAACUUUUAAUUCAUGUAUUACA